ACCCAAGAGCUCACUUUCCUUCGCGGAGCAGACAAGUUGGUUCCACAUUUUUUAAUGUGAAACAAAACUUGCAUCUUGUUUUUGUUUUUUUACCCCUGACAUUGCCAUCAAUAUGGAAAUGAACGGCAGCGCCGACAGAGAAAAUGGAGGGGGGGUCCCCCAUACAGGUGUCUGGCAUGGUGGCAGCCCCUCUGCUCUCCUGAACAUGAACCACUAUGCCAAUAAGAAGAGUGCAGCAGAGAGCAUGCUGGACGUAGCCCUGCUCAUGGCCAACGCUUCCCAGCUGAAGGCUGUCCUGGAGCAGGGGCCAGACUUCUCCUUGUACACUCCCCUCAUCACUCUCAUCAGCAUCUCCCUCAGCCUGCAGGUCACUGUGGGGGUCCUCCUCAUCUUCAUCGUGCGGUGGAACCUGAAUGACCAGAGUAAACACUUCAGGCUGAAUGUAAUGGAGAACCUGGCCACAGGCCUCGUCUUCGUCAUCGUAGUAGUCAACGUCUUCAUCACUGCCUUUGGAGUACAGAAACCCAAUCAGAAAGCCUGACCAGGACACAGAAAUGCAUCACCACCCCCUUAGCUUCCAGUGCUAACCAUGGAAUCACACAGACAGACCAUGAUCCAGAUAGUGACACACAAAUCCACUAACCAGGACAAUAGACAGAUCUAUAAACAUUUUGUAUAUCUAUUGCUCUCAUGCACUGUAUCUUGCUAUAACUCAGUGUAAUACCUCUGAGUUGGUUGGAGGAGUCUGGAAUGAAAAUAACUUCUGAAGGAUAUCAUAUUCAGAUGCGCUUCAUCAUCAUCAUGGCUGCAGAUCAUUCUAAGUGGGACUAAUAGCUGUCUGUCUGUUGGGACUGGCAGUACUGGGAUUCAAACAGAACAAUCACUCUGGUGACACCCUCCCCACUCCCUCACCCCUCCAAUCCGCCACUCACCCCUCCUCCCCAUCUGCUCUUUGAUCUGGGUCUCCCUACAGACAGAAACAGAUAUAGAAACACACAGCUCACUGAAGCAAAGCUACUGAGAAUAGACACCAGGACUCUUAACUGCCACAGAGAAUCAUCAUCUACCAGACGUCACUCAUCAUCUAUCUUACUGUAACCAGUAAGGGUACUAGAGGAGAUUCCAUAGAGAAAUACACAUGUUCACUUGAACUGCAGAAUAGUAACCACACCUGUCGUGUAAAGCUGCUAUGGCACUUGUGAUCAUCUUCAUAGCAGCUCAUUUCAUUAUCCUCUUAUCUGGCCUGCAGAUGUCUCUGGGCUAGGUCAGGAGUGCCCUCUAGUGGUAUUUUUGGUGCUAUUGCAAUGAUCUGAGAUCUUUGUAUUACAUUGUCAGGUUACCACUCUCACAGAUACGUCCUGCUCUGGUAAUAAAUGAACAUCCAAAAAGCACCAUACUGCCUGAAGAAGUGCUACUGGCUUCUGUAAUGUGUAAGUAUGUUAUUUGUGUAAACCAAUCAUAUUUUUUUGUGAUGUUUGUAUUGUUUCCCACCCCUGAUUUACUCCUAAACAAGUCACACCAAAAUGAAAUGUUAAAAAGGACAGCUGUUACUAACACUAGCAA